UGUGUGAAAGAUGUGCUCCUGCUGCUGCUUGGUGCUGGGCACAAGCGCCAAAACAACAGAAUGCCCACCAACCAGCCACCACAAUAACUGCUUUUCCCAAGUGAUUCACCUUUUUUCUAUGCCCACUGUCGUCUUCUGCGUCGCCGAUAUAUCACUGUUCGCCAUUCAGGAUGACCCCGCUCUUUGUUUUCCUUUUUGCUCUGUGCGCGACUGCCGGCUUCCGGAGUGAUCGCUCUCUGAUGCUGCAGUAAACCCCCCUUUUGACCACCAUGCUCUCGCCAAGUUCUGGUUUUCCUCUUGUCAGCGAGCCAGGGCUGCUCGAUUGGCGCACCAAGCAAAAUAAUCAGCGAUUGGCAAGUAGGCACAUAUGUGUGGUCAUGUCAAUGCCCUCUCGUGCUGCUCAACCGUGUGCUUGCCCCAGCCAAAAUGCCAUGGGUGCGGCAUGAUGUCAACGGCGGUACACAAACUGCUGCUGAUGCUGCUGCUUCUAAACGGAAUCCGACUUGCCUAUCGCAUUUGUCAAGCGCGCCACCACCAACCCACACACUAGCCACAGAUAAUCAAGCCAUGCCUGCACUGGCAGUACCGCUGUCUGUUCUACGCGCAUUGAAACUCCAAAUAGCCCCCCACACGCACAUUCCGAUAAGCUGGAUGCAUGCAAAGGUCUGGAUUCUCCAGUGUUUCAGAAGUCUGCUAUUUUCCGAAGCAAAAUAAAAACGAAGGGUUUUCUGAAAAAGAACACGUAGUAACAGCAAAUCUACUAGUUCAGGUAGCCACGGCAGUUGACCGAU